AUGGCUUACAGCGAAAAGGUCCACACGGCAUACCUGUCGCGCUCCCCAGGGCCGGCCAUGAAACCCAACCUGCGCCGCAGAGUACCGCAACGAGUAAUCUACAUUGCCGCUUCUCUCCUCCUAAUAUUCCUCUUCUACAUCACACAUCACAGCACCUCGUCGGCACGCGCGAGGGAACCGAUUCUCUCUCUCCCCAAAUCCGACUCUGGCAAGUCGAAGAAUACAGAAACUACCACCAUCACCAACUCGAAGAACGAUGAUCUACCCUGCCGCUCCCUCCCAGGCGCCAGCGAUGUCGUCGUGAUCCUCAAGACCGGCUCAACGGAGCUGCAGGAUAAACUCCCAGUCCAUCUCAACACCACUCUACGUUGCUAUCCGAACUACCUCAUCUUCUCCGACUACGAAGAGACCUACCACGGCGAACACAUCUACGACGCACUCGAGUUCACGACACCCUCCACACGUUCGCAAAAUGGCGAUUUCGAUCUCUGGCGUCGCCUCCAAAAAGGAGGAAGAUCAGCCCUCAAACCUUCCGAACUCAGUGGUCCCAUCUCCAGACCAAACAGCGCGACAGGAAAACCAGAUAACCCGGGUUGGAAGUUAGACAAAUGGAAAUUCAUGCCAAUGGUAAACAGGACACUGAUGGAAUAUCCGGACAAGAAGUGGUAUAUCUUUGUGGAGACGGAUACCUACAUUCUCUGGCAAACGCUUCUGAAUUACCUGUCGGCAGUGGAUUGGACGAAGCCAUACUAUAUCGGCGGACAGAUCUGGAUCGGAGAUAUACAAUUCGCGCAUGGAGGGACGGGGUUUGCGGUCUCUCAGCCCGCACUUAAGAGUGUUGUCAAAAUGUUCCAGGAAAACCAGGAAGAGUGGGAAGCGUUCACGGAUGGACACUGGGCUGGCGAUUGUGUUUUGGGAAAAGCAAUGAAAGAUAGCGGGAGUCCCAUGACGAUGUCAUGGCCUAUCUGGCAGGGCGAUGAUAUUGGAAAUAUGAACUAUGGAAGAGUCGAUGGACAUCGCUUGUGGUGUUUCCCGACUGUGAGUUAUCAUCAUCUGGGACCGGGUGUCGUCAAGGAUCUGUGGGAAUUCGAACAGGGGUGGAUUGCGAAACAGCAGGUGAGUUCGUGGAAGAGACACAUUCCUAGAAGCAAGCGUACUGAUCUGGAGAUUGAACAGAACCCCUCCAAAGCCAUGCGGCACCACGAAAUGUAUACACAAUACAUCCUCCCACGGAUCCAGGAACCGAAGAAAGACUGGUACAACCACGCCGACGAAGACCGAGGGCCCGUUUCCUCGCUUGCAGAAUGCGCAGAGAUAUGUGAGAAAGAUGGAGGCUGUCUGCAGUAUGCGCUCAGCUCGGAUGACCGAUGCAUGUCCUCGACAAGACCGAAUCUCGGAGAAUGGUACAAGGGGAUAGAAUCGGGCUGGAUGCCUGAAAGGAUGAAGAAGUGGGCGGAGAAGAUGGAUACGUGUAAAGAAGGAGGAUGGUUGAUUUGA